AUGGCUUACGUCUUUGAAAAACUCUUAGAUCCCCCACAAACACCCCUCACCACCAACAUCCCGGACAGCGAUCCUCCCGAAAGCGAAAGCGAAAGGAUCCCUGAACACUUCGACGGCCAUCUUUCCGCAGGGUGGAAAGUAGUCUACCGGCAAGACUUCCCGAAACAUGAAAAAAUCUUCCUCUGCUCGAACUGGGCGUAUGUUCGCCUUAAAAAUGACAUUCAUCGGAAUGAAACAUUCCCGUACAGCAGCCAGCCUCCUGAUGAAACCACCGAUUACACGGUAGACGAAUAUGUGAAGAAGCUGGACAAGGAGUAUCAGCUGGUUGAAUGUAACUUUAAUGAUCCUAAACGGUCUCUGAAGAUGUGGUCGUGGUUUCCAAUCAUCACUCAUUUGUGGCUUGUAGAGUUGCUACUCCCAUCAUGGCACAUAAAUAAUCGCACCGUGGAACCCGUCGUCGAGAUCAGCAAUGGAACCCUGCUUGGUGCACACAAUGCCCGGUACCAUCAGGACUUCUUCCUCGGAAUUCCAUAUGCUCAGCCUCCAGUCGACGAUUUACGAUACGAGCACCCACAGCCACUGAACGAGUCGUGGGAAGUCCCGAGGCAGGCGGAUUCUUACGGAUUUUGGUGUCACUCCGCGCCUCUCUCUCUCCCAGGCUACACACAGAAUGGGUUUCGCCACGAAGAAGAUGAGGAUUGUUUGACUAUAAAUGUUGUCCGCCCUUCUGGGGCGACCCGCGCCUCUCGCUUUCCUGUUCUUGUGUACAUCUAUGGCGGUGGACUACAAGAAGGUGGCAGCGCAGACCAGCGAUACAAUAUGUCCUUCCUUGUACAGGAGUCCGUCAAAAUGGGCACUCCCACGAUCGGAGUUAGUUUCAACUAUCGAGUCUCUGGAUUUGGAUUUCUGUCCGGUCGAGCGAUCAAUGGCUCGGGCCUCGCAAAUCUUGGCUUAUACGACCAACGGAAGGCACUACACUGGAUCCAAGAGAAUAUUGCCGCGUUUGGGGGAGACCCUACGCGUGUUACGAUUCAAGGAGAGUCUAGUGGAGCUUUAUCCGUAGGAUACCAUCUUCUGGCGUAUGAUGGUCGUGAUGAUGAACUUUUCCGCGCUGCUAUCACUCAGAGUGGCGCUCCGCUUAGUUCAGCAGCGCUCAUCCCGCUGGACGAACAGGAGCAGAUGUAUCAGGAUGUUCUCGACGCUACUGGGUGUGUUACCGAAAUAUGGACCAUUGAGUGCCUACGGCGAGCACCGGUGAAAGCGCUUAAGGACGCGUUCCAGCAAAGAUUCUUUUUUCCUGUUAUGGACGGGAAAUUCAUCACCGACUUUCCCUCAAAUGCGAUUAAGCACGGAAGGUUUGUGAAAGUGCCAUUGCUGAUCGGGUCCAACUUAAACGAAGGGACUGGAUAUAUCGCUUCAGGUAUGUUCGGUCCUGUCAACACGCCGACCGAUCUGAGAGCUGUGAUCACCGGGUUCGGAGCCGGAAAGUAUCUUGCCAACGAUACCCUUGACGCAAUAGUGGAUGGGUAUCUUCAGUUACCUAUCCGUGAAGUCCGCGCUGACUUGGGGACUGUUCUCAUCUCCCCUAGUUCGAAGUAUGGCUCAAUGUAUGGAUAUAGCACGUUCUAUAUUGGUGACUACCUCGUCAACGCCCCCAAGCGGUAUAGUACUCAAAUGUGGGCGGCAUAUGGGAUACCCGUUUAUAGCUAUCUCUUUGCGGCUGUUCCUAAUAGCUUGUCCCCUCGGGUUCUCGGUGCCGCUCACUUCCAGGAGGUUGCCUUCGUGUUCAGGAACUCUGAUGGAGUGGGGUUUACGUCUCCUCCCCUCCGUUCAUUUGAUAGCCAAACUGAGCGCCGACUACAAGAUAUUAGCCACAAAAUGACCCGUAUGUGGUUAAGCUUUGUAAGCACGUUAUCGCCGAACAACCACCAGUUGCCGAAUUUUAAGACACAAUGGCCAGUAUAUCAGAACCGCUCGGCCGCAAAUUUGGUGUUCCGUUUUGCAAGUACAACGGUGGAGCCCGAUACCUGGCGGUCGGGGAUUAUCCAACGUGUCACUGAUGCCUUUGAUGAGUAUAAGUUUUAA